AUGGCGAGAAUGGAUACCAGUCUCGUAUCUCUCUCCCAAGUUCAUGAAGAAGCUUCUGAAAAUCAUCAAUUCGCGUUUCCAGUAAAAUGGAUAGAUACACAAGAUGCCUUGUUUUGUGCACAGCCAAACGCGGCUAUCACUCGGUUCGUGGAACUGGGUCCUUCGAAAGUUCUUGCGAACAUGGCACAAAGGACUGGUGACCUCAAAUAUGCAACAAGAGAUCGAAUCCUGGGUCUACGCCGGGCGUUCCUGGCAAGUACGAAGAACUCUCCAGAAAUUUUGUACGAGUAUGAACCCCAGACCGGGUCCCAAGUUCAAGGUCUUCCAAGUAGCAGUAGUGUACAAAGCUUGUCCGCACAAUCACCCUCGCCUAUCACUGUACCUAAUACCCCCGCCACUCCUUUGCAUCUUCCCACCAUACAUGCUGAAGCCUUCUCGAUUGCUGCUACAAGUCUGGUGGAUGUUCCAAUCACGUCAUGGGAAAUUGUUCGAGCCUUAGUAGCACACAAGUUGAAAAAGAAAAUCGAUCAAAUCCAUGGUAGUAAGACUAUCAAAGAACUAUCAGGAGGAAAGUCCACUCUUCAAAAUGAGAUUAUUGGUGAUUUAGAGGCUGAAUUUGGCAAUACACCAGAUGGAGCAGAAGACAGCGCUCUUGAAUAUCUUGCGGAAAGGCUCCAACCACGUCAUAACGGACAGCUUGGCAAAGUAUCUUCAGCUCUUAUUGCUAGAUUCAUAUCUUCUUCCAUGCCAGCAAAAUUUAACCUCAAAUCUGUACGAGCUCAUUUGGAACAAACAUGGAAUCUUGGUACUUCCAGGCAAUCGUCGGUACUUCUAUUUGCAAUGACCCUAAGUACUACUUUGGGGGUAACCCGCCUUGCCUCGAUUGCCGCAGCGAAGGAGUUGCUCGACAAGGCAGCGAAAGUCUAUGCAGAAACGUGUGGCUUGACUUUACAAGCUCAAUCUAAUAAGUUAGAUCAGCAUGUCAACGCAGAAUCAGUCAUGAGCCCCAGUGCCAUGCUUUCAGUUCAACAAGAAGCCAAAAGCCAGCGUCAUCUUGCUACGAGACAGGUGCUUGCACUUUCGGAAUACUUGGGUAUCAACCUGGGUGGUAACAACGACUCCGAGUCGGAAGUAUUAAACCGAGCUCUUAGAAAUAAAUUAGCUGUCUGGAAAGAUGAAUUUGGGGACGAUUUCGCACUUGGUAUGAAAGCUCAUUUCGACAGUCGCCUGGUGCGACGUUUCAAUUUUGCUUGGAACCAAGCUCGACAGGAGUUGAUCGCUUUGUACCAUCGUACAGAAAUUAUGUUCGAAGCAGGAAAUUUUCAAAAUCACUCGAAUGAUGAACUGCAGAACCUCGCUGCUAAAGUAUCCAACAAGUCAAAUGCGGAUACUGCAAGGCUGCUGCGAGCUUUACUAGAUUCAAUUCCGGAAAGGUUGCGCGAUUCUCACCCUUUCCACAAGAUAGCCAACAUGUUGAUUCAAAAUACAAAUGAAACAGCUCACCCACCACCUCGGGCAAAAUUCAACAUGGCAUUGUUAAUGCCACAGACAUUCAUUGGAGAAAACGGAUCGAUUCAAUACCAAGAAGUUCCGCGGACUGGGUUUGUUGGAGCCUGCUACUCGAGCUUGUUGCGGAAAGGACACCAGAAUACAAGCCGAGUCUGUCUUCGUCGUGCUGGAAGCGCUUCCGAGGAAGACCUCAACUUAACACAUUUGUUUUUCCACAACAUAUCAGAGAUCCUGCAAAAUGGCGCAAACUUCUCGGGGAAGUGUAUCCUUAUUACCGGAGCUGGGUCUGGAUCAAUCGGUGUUGAGCUCGUCAAGUAUCUCCUCAAUGGGGGAGCCCAUGUUAUUGUUGCUACCAGCAGACCCUCUUCGUCCUCUUCCAAAUUUUAUCGGGAUAUUUACGCUGAGCAUGGCUCCCGCGGUUCCCAGAUUCAUGUCGUGCCUUUCAAUCAAGCGAGUGCCAUCGACUGCAAGGAGCUGAUUGAGUAUAUCCAUAAUCCUCAUGGCCUUGCUAAAGCUCUUGACGCUAUCAUACCCUUUGCCGCCACAUCAGAAGAAGGAGUUGAAAUGGACAAAAUAGAUGGAAAAUCUGAGCUGGCUCAUCGGAUAAUGCUAACGAAUAUUUUACGCAUUCUGGGGCACAUAUCACGAUGUAAGAAAGAACAAAAUAUCACCUGCAGGCCAACUCAGGUUAUACUCCCACUGUCACCAAAUCAUGGCAUAUUCGGUGGCGACGGGCUGUACUCUGAAUCAAAGCUGGGCCUCGAAGGCCUCUUGAAUCGUUUUCACUCUGAAUCUUGGUCUGAAGAAAUAACAGUGGUUGGUUUAAUCAUCGGAUGGACAAGGGGCACUAGUCUGAUGCAACAGAAUGACAUCGUCGCGCAAGCGAUAGAAGAGCGCGGCGUCCUUACUUUCUCGCAAAAGGAGAUGGCUCUGAACAUUCUUACACUACUCAGUCCGGAAAUUGCUGAGGUUUGUGAUGAGGUGUCUAUCAUUGCCGAUUUCAGUGGUGGUCUUGGUCGCUUAGAGAAUUGCAACCAGGUACUAUCGUCAGCCCGAGAGAAAAUCAGGUUAGAGUCUCAAAUCUUGAAAGCCGUGCGAGAAGAAGAUCGACUCGAAGCACAGUGCUGUGCCAAAUUACCGAUUCACAGUAACCCACAACAAGUGGAGCUUCGGACGACACUUCGGUUUCCUUUCCCAACACUGCCAGAUUUCAACAGAGAUUUAGAGCAACUGCAUCAUUUGCAGAAAAUGGUGGAUCUUUCAGGCACUGUUGUGGUUGUGGGUUACUCAGAACUUGGGCCGUGGGGAAACGCGAGAACGAGAUGGGAGAAAGAGAGUCAGAAUAGACUAACCCAGUCUGCGUACGUUGAGCUUGCAUGGAUGAUGAACCUGAUCAAGUAUUUUGACGGCGAUACUCCCCAAGGAUACUUUGUUGGCUGGGUUGACACGAAGUCUGGUGAACAAGUCCUUGACAGCGAAGUAGAAGGAAAAUAUGGUGACUUUAUCCUAAGCCAUUCUGGUAUUAGGUUCAUUGACCCUGACCUAUCGAGCGGAUAUGAUCCCACCAAGAAAGAGUUCCUGCAAGAGAUUGUCGUCGAAGAGGACCUUCCAGAAUUUGAAACAGACUAUGCGACUGCGGAGGGAAUAAAAAGGCGGAACGGUGACAAAAUCUCUUUUACUCAUCUUGAUGGCCAGGAUCAGUGUCGAGUCCAAAUCAAAUGUGGAGCUCAUAUCAUGGUUCCUCGCAGCUCAAACUUUAACACUAGCUGUGUAGCCGGUCAGCUUCCUAAAGGAUGGAACGCAGCUACCUAUGGGGUUGAAGAGGGCAUUAUCAGCCAGGUUGAUCCCGUGACCCUGUACGCGCUUUGUUGCGUCGCAGAAGCACUUUUCAGCGCAGGUAUCACAAAUGCUAUGGAGGUAUAUAAACACAUUCACACCUCCGAGAUGGGUAAUUUCAUCGGCUCGUCUAUGGGCGGCACAGAUAAAACACGACAGAUGUACAGAGAUGUGUAUCUGGAUAAGCGUGUCCAAGGAGACAUCAUCCAGGAGACUUUCUUGAAUACUCCGGCAGCCUGGGUCAAUAUGCUUCUUCUUGGAUCAAAUGGACCCAUUAAAACGCCUGUCGGAGCCUGCGCCACAGGUGUGGAGUCAAUAGAUAUAGGCUUUGACUCGAUAAUUUCAGGAAAAACAAAGAUGUGUAUAGUGGGUGGCACUGACAAUUUUCACGAGGAUGAAUCUUACGCCUUCUCUACUAUGAAAGCUACUGUCAACACUGCCAGCGAGCUUUUGUAUGGAAGGCUUCCUUCUGAAAUGUCAAGACCUACUGCAGAAAGUAGAGCAGGAUUCGUUGAGUCACAAGGAUGUGGUAUUCAAAUUCUGUGUAGUGCGGAGCUGGCAAUUGAGAUGGGUCUUCCUAUUUAUGGUAUAGUUGCUGGGACUACAAUGGCAGCAGACAAGAUCAGUAGAUCUGUUCCAGCGCCAGGCCAGGGAGUGUUGACUUUUGCUCGCGAGACACCACAAGCAGUACAUUCGCCACUUUUGAAUUUCCAGUACAGGCAGGAACAGAUGCAGAAGGCCAUUAAACGAGCUCACGCAGGAGAGCGUGCCUACAAAGAGUUGCCUAUUGCUGGGAUACUUACUCCUGAAGGCUCGCAAUCUGAUUCCGGGGGCGAAGAGCAAUUGAUCAUCGAUAACAGUUUCGCCGAAUCUACCCUUAGGUGCCGCAUCCAGGCAGUACAAAGACAGUGGGGGAAUGAACUUCGACGUAUGGAUCCGACGAUAUCACCCCUACGAGCUUCACUUGCCGUCUGGGGCCUGACAGUCGAUGAUAUCAGCGUUGCUUCACUCCAUGGCACAUCUACAAAAGCCAAUGACAAGAAUGAGCCAGAUGUCAUCAACCAACAGAUGCGGCAUUUAGGCAGGACUGGGCCACCAUUACUGAGUAUCUGUCAGAAGUCCGUCACUGGCCAUCCCAAAGCUCCCGCAUCCUCUUGGAUGCUAAAUGGUUGUCUACAAGUUAUGAAUACAGGUCUUGUGCCUGGAAACUAUAAUGCAGACAAUGUUGAUCCUGCGCUCGAGAAAUUUGAGCACCUGGUUUUCCCAACAGAGCCAAUUCAAAUGGCUGAGAUAAAGGCUUUUAUUCUCACGUCAUUUGGGUUUGGACAAAAGGGUGGCCAGCUCAUUGGCGUGAAUCCGAAAUAUCUACUCGCUACCCUUGGCAAAGAUUGUUUUGAAGAGUAUGCUACCAAAGUCACCGAGAGAAAGCGGCUAGCAAACAGAGCCUUUGCGAAGGCUGUUUUGACGAAUAGCGUGUUCAAAGCUCAGACUGAACCGCCUUAUGACCCCGUUGACGAAGCAAAGGUGUUCCUCGACCCACUCGCUCGAACUUCGGAGGUCCCAGAAACCGGCGAAUAUCGGUUUGAGCGGAAAAACAUCUCUGGAUCUACGAUACUUACCAAAGCGCCUAACGAUGCCAGCAAAAUGCGAGCCGCAGCUACGGUCGAUCUUGCAACAGCACUUACCAGAUCUCAAACAUGGAUUUCAAAGACCAUCUCCGAUGCGCCUGACAAUGUUAAAGUCGGCAUCGAUGUUGAAGACCUUGGCGCUUUCACUUCUGACAAGAAUGAGAUAUUUGUGGCUCGAAAUUAUACCGAAGAUGAGAUAUCCGUCGCCAGAAAGAGUCCUGAUCCGCAUCGUUCUUUCGUUGGGAGAUGGUGUGCUAAAGAAGCUGUGUUCAAGAGCCUUGGGACCAGAUCGAAGGGAGCGGGAGCAGCUUUGAAGGAGAUUGAGAUUGUUGAUAGUGGUAUGGGGCCCAGCGUUAAGUUACAUGGUGACGCGAAGACUGUCGCAAGCGAGAUGGGUAUUACGGGUUUUGAACUCAGCAUCACGUACACAGCAAACAGUGUCGCCGCCAUUGCACUUGCAAGAAAACGGGCAUGA